UUCAUUCUGGUUUUAACCAUUUUAAACAAAAGGAUACACUCUUUGUGCCGCUCUUUUCAGGACAAAACUUCGCCACUCAGCAGCCAUGAGAGGACAUUUUUCUAUUGAAUGGAUGGCCCAGAGCAGCCAGCAGCCAGCAGGGACAGAGAGCGUCUCUGCCUGCGGGACACAUUCAGAGAGUCUGCCGGGUUUUUACUGCAGGCAGAAGUCUGAACAUUUACCCGAGCAGCAAGAAAACAGGAGCCCGGGCCUAGAUGCUUUCAGUCUGAGCACUCUCCAGCACCAAACCUCUCACAGUAAUCAAGUGGCUGAUGUAGGUUUCAGCAGCGGGACGGAGGAGGAGACCUCCGGGUACGAGAGCGAAGGGGGCCACUGCCUCUCCCCCUCGGCCCCCACUGAGUGCACCUCCACCUCACCGGCGUCCCCUCCGUCAGGGAGGAGACCCCGGACGGCCUUCACAGCGGAGCAGAUCAGCAGCAUGGAGAGGGCCUUCAAGAGGAACGCUUAUCUGGGAACGCAAGACAAGGCCGAGCUCUGCAAGAAGCUCAACCUGUCUGACAAACAGAUCAGAAACUGGUUCCAGAACAGGCGGAUGAAGCUGAAGAGGUCGGUGCAGGACGCCCUGGCUCACGCCUGCCAGGCAAACGUUGCCUCUCAGUUGAUGCAUUAUCCCGAGCUGCAGGCCUACAGACCGGGGCCCUACCCGAGGUAUCACUCAGCAGUAGCGGCACCGGAGGGCCCGGCUGCUUCCUCCUACGUCCACCCACACAGCCUGCAGUACAGCUCUCCCCUGCCCAGCCACCCCACACUGCCCCUGGACUCUUUCUACCAGUACAACAGCCUCCCAGGAGUCAUGCUGCCCUCUGCCACGACUCAACUCAUGGGAUCCUACCCGGCUUAUCAUCAGUAUUACUGAUAGCGUCCUUCAAUCACCA